AAAAGGUCCCGGUUUCCUGCAGAAAUAGUGACGGGCGGCUGCUCUCCCGCUCCUCCUCUCAGCAAUGGCCGCCGGGCUGGGCCUGGGCCUGGGCCUGGGGCUGCUGCCCCGGCAAAGGCAGCUUCUCGUCCGUCUGACGGUGGUGCUCCUCACCCCCAGAGUGUGGGGCUGUGAGAGAGUUUACUCUUCCUCAAAAGGUCAACAGGAUGAAGUUCUCAAAGCAAAGUUAGCCGAUGAAGCCAGAAAGAAAUAUGGAAACCCUCCGGCUACAUUAUUUUCGAAGAUAAUCGAUAAGACGAUUCCCGCCGAUAUUAUAUAUGAAGAUGACCAGUGCCUUUCGUUCAGAGAUGUAAACCCUCAGGGUCCAGUUCACUUUCUGGUGAUCCCCAAGACCCCUAUCCCACGGAUUAGUGAGGCGGCUGAUGAUGAUGCAGAGCUUCUGGGACACCUCCUGGUUGUGGCUAAAAAUAUAGCAAAGAAAGAGGGGCUGACCGACGGCUAUAGGAUGGUGAUUAAUGAUGGAAAGAAUGGAUCACAGUCCGUAUAUCACCUACAUAUCCAUGUCAUUGGAGGUCGGCAGAUGGGCUGGCCACCUGGCUAGGCAGAGCCAAAGUUAUUGUGUGCCAAUGGGAUCUGUCACCAAGUCCUGAAUUUGCCCUCAUGGUUAAAUAAAACAUCAGUUCCG